AUGGCGGGACGUUACGUGGUGUUCAACAACGGUGUAUCCUGUCCUAUUAUAGGAUUCGGAACUUGGAUGAAAACUUCUGUAGCGGAGUCUGUGAAGAUAGCUAUAGACGUUGGGUACAGAAUGUUCGACUGUGCCUGUAACUAUGGGAAUGAAAAGGAGGUUGGGGAGGCGCUGAGGGAGAAGAUAAGAGAAGGAGUGGUAAAACGUGAAGACCUGUUCAUCACGACGAAGGUAGGCCUGGCCUUCAACCGACCCGACUUGAUCGAGGUUUCCAUACGGAACAGUCUGAAGAACUUGGGGCUGGAGUACUUGGACCUGUACCUCAUACACUGGCCGCAGACUUAUAAAGAGGGUCACGAUCCUGAUACACUAGGUGACCCGAGCGCUUCUAUCCCCGGGACGGUGGAUUAUGUUGACAACUGGAAAGCCAUCGAGACACUGGUGGAUAAGGGUCUGACGAGGAGUAUAGGUGUAUCGAACUUCAAUAAGCGACAACUCACCAGGGUCCUUGAAGCAGCCAGGAUUAAACCGGCAGCGUUACAGAUCGAGGUCCACCCGUACUUGAACCAAGUGAAGCUGAUCGACUUUUGCCAGUCUCAAGACAUUCGCGUGAUCGCGUUCUCUCCCCUGGGCUCUCCGGACAGACCCUGGGCCAAGCCGAGUGACCCUGUUCUGUUCCAGGACAAACGACUCCAGCCCAUCGCUGACAAACACCAGAAAAGCCUGGUGCAAGUGCUGCUCAGAUACGCCAUUGACCGUGGGCUGGUAGUGAUCCCCAAGUCCUCAAUCAGAGAACAGAUUGAGGAGAACUACAACGUGUUCGACUUCCAACUAACAGCUGAGGAUCUGACGUACAUCCGCAGCCUGGAGUGUAACUUCCGGUUUUGUACGAUCGGCGAGUGA